AUGGACGUCCGAUCAAAGCCCCAGGCGUUCCUGUCUACGUAUGCGCCACGUAUUCGAAGCUACAAUAACUCUCUCUUGACACCUGUCCUGCAAGCCGCGGGACCCUCUGCACCCCUCUCGCGAACGACAAAGCGCGGAACCACCAUCAUCAACUACGCCGAAGAUGGAUACGACGACAUCGACGAUGACGAUGAUGAUAGCCGUCGCCGCCCGACUGGCUUGCGCAGUUUGAGAAGAGAGGACACUGCCAACAGGCUGGAUCUGUCUGAUAAGGCUGGCAAGGAUACAAACGAGCCGGUCGACGUACAAGGCAUUUGGAGAGACUGGUUUGGCAAGGGACGCCAGGUGCGAAGCGACCAACAAAACUCAGCGCAGGCCGACCUGCCCCUUACGCUGAUUCCAAUUCGCAUCGAGCUGGACAUUCCGGCUUUCGUCCCUCAAGUGCCAUUUCCCUCAGCGCCUCACACCGUCGACACCAGCCUGCCUCAAUACCGUACGCAGGAAAUGACGCCGCCCUACCGACUACGCGACAACUUCCUCUGGAACCUGCACGAAACUGUCAUCACGACUGAGCAGUUCGCGCAGACGUACGUGCAGGAUCUGGAUUUGCCGAACCGCCACAACACGAUGCUCGAAAUCGCCAAGCAGAUUCGCACGCAGCUCGAAGAGUAUGCUGGCGUCGCAUUGCACCCGCUAUUCCAUGCGCAGUCGCAAAAUCCCGGAAACAACGAUGCGACAAAAGCAAGCUCUGUAGCCAACCAUGAAGAGUCCCCCACUCCUGCUACUGGCGCUGUCAGCCGCUCCGAUACCCCCAUGCAGAACGGCGGCUUGGGCACACCAGCUAGGGCCAAAGAAGCGACCUCAGCUCCAGAUGUUACCGCACACGCCACUCCCAUUCCCGUUGGCUCCGAUGAGUACGAUCAUGACGACGCCUACCGAUGCAUCGUAACCCUAAACAUCAAUCUUCAGUCGACCCUCUACACCGACAAGUUUGAGUGGUCUUUGCUGCAUCCUCCUGGCAUGCCAGAAGCCUUCGCUGCCCAGACCUGCGAAGAUCUCGGCUUGACUGGCGAGUGGGUUCCCGCUGUCACACAUGCCAUCUAUGAAGCAGUUCUCCGACUCAAGAAGGAGGCCUGUGAGGCCGGCGGCCUUGUCAUGGGAUGGAAUGGUCUCCGCGAAUUCCCCAACGAUGCUACGGCUGGAGCAGAUGCCGGUUGGCGUUAUGACCCCGAGAAUCUGGGUGAUCCUUGGGAGCCCAAGGUCGAGUUCCUCAGCAAGGAGGAGAUCGAGAAGCGCGAAGGCGAUAGAGAAAGACAAAUCAGACGACUCCGCCGUGAAACUGCCCGUUUCAGCUCAACGACUGGCUUGGUCGGUGGCGUGCCAUUCUCAGGUUUCGGCAAUGUUGUCGAGGCUGUAGAGGAAGAGCGCAUGGGCAGAGGUGAGCGAUCCAAGAAGAAGAGGCGAUUCCGCAGUCUAAGCCCCGUCGGCCGGUCGGGCACGCCAGGCGGACGAGGCACUCCCGAUGUUGGAUCCGGUUAUGGUGCUGGAAGCGGUUUGUCGGAUCAGGAGCGGUUGUCUUGGAGAUGCGCUCACUGCGCUCUCUGGGGCUCCAGUGUCUGGGCGGUAAGACCUGGGCCCAAUGGACCAAGGUCAUUGUGCCAAAACUGUGGCCUGCUCUUUGAGCGCGACGGAAAAUUGCCUCGCCAAACCAAGAACAUGCACCUUACUGUCAUUAGAACAGCAUAA